UUUUUUUUACUUUAUUUUGGGGUGGUAUCUUCAUGAGCAGCACUCAUACUCCACUGAAUUUGAUUCCCAAUCUCAUUCUACUGUACGCCCUUUCUCAGACGACAGGCUCUGUGCACCCCUCUGUGAACAAUCAGGGUGGCCAGAACAGCCAGGACAGCAGCAACAGCAACAAAACAACAUCAUUCAAUAUAUCGCCUGGAUAUAGACAUGAGUUCUUUUGAGAAUUCAUCCGCUACUUCUAGUGGGUCACCUUUCGGUCACCCCCCGCCUGCAGCACUGACCAAUGACGCCAGUGCUCAAUCUCAUAAUCAUCCCCAAGACUUUGCCCAGGAAGACACCCGACAUAGGAGUUAUCCUCUUACUCCCUCUCAUCAGUCUCGCAUCCGUCACUUGUCUCCUCCAUUUCCACUAUCAUCUCCUCCUCCUACAUCUCUUUCAUCCUCCUAUCCUUUGCGCCAUUCAUCCUCCUACAUUGUGGAGCGUGGUAGAGAUAAAGAAAGAUAUAAGGGGAGAGAGAAGGAAAAAGAGAUGGAGUUCGAGCAUACAAGUUCAGAAGUUGAGAAUCAUCAUCCUGAGGCCACAGUAGGCUCGCUUCCUUUGGGUUUUCGGCAACACCACCAUUCACAGCAUCAGCAUCACUCUCCUCGGGAAAAUGGCAGAUCAUCUUCUCCAUCAUUUAAUGGCUCGAUCGGAGUACAGAGCAAUCAAAGCGACAGCGACCUUUAUCAGCCCUCCUAUCCGCAGCUGCAGCGGGAAAUCAAAGAUUCUGCCAUCGCCGAUCGGCUAUCGUCUCUUACGAAAUCUAUGUUUGUGCACCCUCCAUGGCACGAUGACAGAGAGUUUGGUCACAAAAACAAUACAAACACACAACAUACUACAUCUUAUUCGGCCCAAUAUCCAUAUAGACCUGAAUUAGGUCAAAACCGUAGCAAUAAGGAAGAUGUUCUAGAUCAUACCCAGGAUCCAUCUUCUCGCAACCAUGCACACUCUUAUCAGUCAGGACUUCGAGAUCCUUUGAGACAUCAUCACCCUUUAGACCAAUACGAGCGCAAUCGAUAUGAGUUUAAUGAGAAUACCCAUACAUCUCGCACAUCUGCAAACAUUGAAAGCAGCCAGUACUACUCAUCCCCUUACUCUCAGGGUAAAUAUCCACAAGUGAACCACCCCAUUUCAUUUCACGCUUCACAUCGACCUUCUCAGCAGCAAUAUUCUCAGCAACAGCACAAUACAGGCCGUGAACAGCCAGAGCCUUCGAUAAGCCAGUCUUUAGGAGCAAGAUCAGACGUUACACCUAACUUACUUCCUCCUCCCACGAACAUUGACAGCAGUGCACUUCAUGAUUCUAGCUAUGAUAGCAAUGCAGAAGAAGAGGAAGCGUUGAGAGAGGAGGAGAAUAUGCAGCAACAGCGCCAUCGAUUCAAGUUUGGAACAGAAAUGCCGACGAUUGAAAGUUGUGACGCACUUUGCAGGUUUGCUCUCCAUUACGCAGAGCAAGCAAAUGCAGUUCAUAGCGGUGCGAACUUACAAAAAAUCCGCAGUAUGAAUACCACUAUGCUUAUUGGCCUUCAGCAUAUCGGAGGUGGGUCCAAUGAAAAGUCUGGUGCAGAAGCAUCAGGCAAUGCUAACAAUCAACAAUACGAACGAAUAGAGCGAGAAAUGAGUCCUCUACGAUUCGGACCCGGUAGACCACCACAUGAGAUGCUAGCUAUCCGUAUCAGGUCUUGGAUGGGGAUGACUCCAGAAGAGCGGGAACUAGAUGAAGAAAUCAAUACAAUCCGCGGUAAGCGCUGUCUACUUAUGGAUAGUGCAUUGGCAUCCGCCACAAUGGACCAGCAUGGCAAUAUCCAAAAAGAUUGGACCGUUGUCCCUGCUGCUGCAUCAAACUCCAAGUCAGAAGCAUCACAACACUAUGCGAAGAAUAGUCGAUUACCUGGCCGUACUUCAGAUUAUCGUGGUCGGCGCGGUGGCAUGGAUACGGACGUUGAUGGCUUUGGAAAUAAUAGCGACACAAUGAUAUCUGUCUCGAUGUCGCAUCAUCAGUCUCCUCACAGACCCUCAUCGGCUCCCUAUCUGUCUGACCCGAGCGUGGCUAGAUCUCAUCAAGAAGGGCUCGGAGUAGGAAGAGAAAGUAGUCGAGCGAGUAGUGUGAAUAGUCAAAAUGGGCGUGGUGGUAGCAACGCUUCCAAUAGUCGCAACUCUAAAAACAGCGAUGUCCCAUAUCAAAAGUAUCGCAAGCGAGCCAAGCGGACACAGCCACCUGGCCGAUGCUUGUCAUGUGAUUCAUCAGAUACACCCGAAUGGCGCCGUGGGCCUGACGGUGCCCGCACAUUGUGCAAUGCGUGUGGGCUUCAUUAUGCUAAGUUGGUGAAGCGUCAGAAUGAGCAAGCGCAGCAGCAAAAACAGAUAGGUUCAGGACUUUCGCCGAUGAAGAAGGGCCUAUUGCCCAAUAACGCACGGAUGGCACAACUGCAAGCAUUAGCAUUUCCCCUCCGAAAGCGCAAUGGCAAUCAGUCGGUCGAUUCAUCAAGGCAGCAGAAACUGGAAGUCGGAGUGAAUUCAUUCUCUGAUAAAAAUUAUCCUCCAUCUUCGCCUGCUCCUGCAACUAUUACUCCACCAAGUUCUGAGCACAUGGGUUCGAACGCUUCGUCGCUGCCUCCACCGGAUCGCGAUGCUGAUAGUGAUACUAAUGACAAUGGCACGGGAAGUGCUUCUGCAGAACGGGGCGAGGCAGACGACUCGAUGAAGCAAGGUCAUACAUAGGCCGCUUUUUAAUCUGAAUAUUUUCACUUUGUCUUUUUUUUUUGUACAUGGAUUCUUUUUAUUUUUAUUUUUUGUUUUUUUGCCAGAG